GAAAAGGCGCUGCAUAGAGCGACUGCGUAUUGAAGUUGACCCGAUGUUACAAUCGAAAGAAGUUCCUGACAAUGAAAGAUCGAGGACAGACUUUUGGAUGCGCGAUCCGUGUUUUGUCAGUGGAUGGUCACGUCACCUUGGGGCCAAGCUUCAGCAUUUCUGUAUGGUGGACUAUGGGAAGCAGGCCGUACUGCGCAAAUCUAGCAUCCUCCAGAUUUUGUCACAAAACUGCAAAUUGCUGAAGACAGUGGAUCUACUGAACAUGUAUAUUGAUACAAGUGGAUGUGAAACAAUGAGCUCCUUGGUGAGCAUGACAUUACACUGUGUUGAAGUACCUGGUGGAGCUUUAGACUACAUGAACACUUUUAUGCCAAAGCUACAGACAAUGGUGCUGUAUGGGGCAGUUGGUGUGAGGAGAGGGCAAUUGACUUUCUAGGAGAUGAAAUUUCUUAGCCUUGGUCUUUCAAGUGUAGGAGAAAAAGUCUUCAUAAAUUUUCCUAAGCUUAAGAAGCUGCAACUAAAGAUGAAAUGUCUGAGGGAUCUUGAAAUUGUGGCACUACGAUUGAAAUCCUAUUCUUUCAAUCUGGAGGUGCCUGAGCAAUCAAAAGUGCACAUAAGGUACUAGCACCAUUCAAGGUUGAAGGGUUUAGGGUUUAGGACCUCUAGGUCAUGCCCCAUGCAGAGCAUGCAUCAUACAAGUAGAUUAGAUGCAGGAUGGAUUGAGCAUAUUCAGCUUUAAGAUUUGUCUUUUAUUGUGCCUUCGAUCCUAACAAUACCUACCACUCUUGUGAGCAGAAAUCAUGGUUCAGAUUGUGAAGUAAUGCAAUGUAGGACUCUUUCUGCUGAGUUCAAGUCUUGUAAUACAAUCUGAAAAUUGCAGAAUGCAAUUUAGCA